AUGCUAUCGGGCAGCAACAACGUGUGCAACUAUGCGGCGGUGGCCUACAUCCAUCUGUCGGGAGACGUGUUGCGCCUCUGCGGCCCAGCUCUUCCUGCUCUCUGUGGCGCAACGACGCAAAGCCAAAGCAAAGGAACGGAACGUCUAGCUUCUUCAAGCGUGCACCAUUCAGUGUUGCGCAGCUUGGCGUUCAUGGGUACAGCCGCAAGGCACAGAUGCGCGGCGGUGAGGAACGCUGCCGAGUACGAGCUCCGCAGCUUGCUGCGAGAGGCUAUGCAGCCGAACAUGGCAUUCGGCAGUAGCCUCGCCGGCAGAGCGGAGGGAGGCAAAGACGACGGGCAAGACCGUUGUCUUCGCCCCUUCGCAGAGGCCCUUGUGCCGCUCUUGUGGAAAAGCGGAGUUCUUCGAUGGGAAGAAGCACCGUACGUGUUCACCGCGAAGACUCGUAGGCCGUGGGCCAACAAGGGCAAGAACAACCAAGACGGCCACAGUAGUCGUGAUACGGUUGAAGCACUACCGUACCCGCGACCAGGAGCAGGGGAUCUACUUCUUCUUUUUGCUGAGCUACUGUCUACGGCUACGGCCGGGGAAAUAAACUUGAGCUAUGCUCCGGGAGCAUUUUUCCACGCCCAAGCAGAGCUACGCAGCGUGCCUGAAGGACGGAAGGAAGACUCAGAGCAGUCGUCUGUCACCUCCGGAAAAGACGGGCCAAACCAGGCAACCUUUUGCAGAGCGACAGCGCCGCACAGCCAAGCGAGCCACCCGCAAGGCUUCCUCUGCGUGGCGGUCUCGCCGUCCGUGGGCACCCUUCCACGCGUGCGUUCGCAGAGAUGCGGAAGGCACCGGACUUCUGAGCGGAAUGCGCGAAACGAACGGCGCUUGUCGACCUGUGGAGGGGACUUCGAAGAAUCAGCGGCGCUUGAUGGGGAACCGACAACCGCGUGUCACGUACAGGGGCUCGAGGCUGAAGCACAGCCCUCAAAUGGCCCGUCCAUUGUAAGGCCUACGGCAGCAUAUUCUGAUAGAAGAUGCGGUUGCGCUGCUGCCAGCGACAUGCUCGAGGAGUCCGCCGCACCAGCUACUGGCGAGACAUCUCGUAGUCAACGUUCUCUGCUGCAGCACCUCUACAAGACGCGCCUGGAGCCCACGUCUGCUGCCGGGUGUAGAAAAAACAAGUGUAGGACAAACGGUUCAAGGGACGAUUCACAAAGUAUUCCUGCAGACGACGUCACGGUGGGCGAGCCGCACCGGAACGCAUGCCAUGGGUCCAGCAGUCCUACUUCGUCCACUGAGUUCACUGCCACGGGAUCCUCGAAAGCCAUCAUGGCACCUGAUAUUGAGGAUCCGUCUCGCUGCUUCCCCGCGCAGUCCUCGUUUCAGAGCAGCACCUGCUGCAGCGCAGUGUGUACCGCCAGCGCAGACGCUGGUCAUGGCGAGGGCGUCUGCGAAAGUAGCAGUAAACGAGAGCUCCCGACGCUGGAGACGGGUGCUAACAAGAGCAGCGCUAGGCCCUGCAGCUCACUCGCAGACAGCGGAAGCCGUAGCAGAGACCCAGGCCUCACCGGUUCUGGCCCCGACGUCGAAACUGCGCUGGGCGCCAGAUUCUUCCGCAACAUCUCGUGUCGUCGGCCCAGAAGCUGUGGCGUCCUUGAAGAAAGACGCAGGCCGUCGGCAAUAACGAGAAGUGGCAUGAGAAGAUCUGCGUCACUCGGUAACUUAAACAGGCCCCCGUGUGAACCAUCAGCGCAGCCGCUCGAGCCGCCAGCACACUGCAAUGCGCACGGCUGUUCCAGACGUGGCUGGUCCGCCUCUCACACGGGGAACGACUCGCCGCGGGUGGGCGCAGGAGGUGAUGUGAUUGUGAGAAGGCUACCUGAAGCCACGCCUACAGGGUCGCUAAUAGGUCAGUUCGUGCCGAAUGAAGAAAUGAGCGAGGAGGAGCGCGAAUGUAAAGACGUUCUCGAGUGCUUCGAGCGCAGCCUACUAAAACUGUAUACCUCUUUGCAGCCUGACGCGCAGCUGCUACACGCGUAUUUACGAAUACCUGCGAGGCGGGUGGGAGUGAUGUGCUGUGAACGUGGUGCUCAGCCCAGGUCUUCUGCGUACGCCCACGAUCAAUCCUACCGUCGGCGUUGCUGCAGUCUGUGGGGUUCUGAGAAUAGUGCCCUGAGCGCUGGAGUGGCCUGUGCGUCUGAGGAACGUUUGCAGUCAGCCGAAGAGGUCAGUUUUGACGGCCCACUCAAUUUGACCAUCGCUCUACCCCGCAUGCUCCGAGCUUUCGGUUGUCAAAGAGACCCGCGGACGCGCACAGCUGUUAUGGCCUUGGCGAAGCUAGUGAAAAGCCAUUGCCGCAGUGUCGUUGGCAUUGCCGCGAUCGACGGCGACUGCGUUUCUGGUUUCCACCGCCUGUCGCUGACGCUCAAGCCAAGCGAGAACUGUGCGGACUUCGCUACUACUGAAUUCCAACCAGCGGAGUUCUACGUUCUUCUUGCGAACUGUGCGCAUUUUGUGAACAUGCGCAGGAACGACAAGAGCAACGAAGGGAGGGAAAGGGCAGGACAACCCGGCCAGGGUCGGAUGCGCUCCAGAAGCCACGACUCCUUCACAUACGGCAAGCUUGGAACCAGGCGCGUCUCCUGCUUCGAGGGCGUAGUGCGUGCGCAUUCCGCUGCUCACGCGAAAUAUGGGUGCUCUGCGUACAGGGUACACCAUCCAAAUAACAGCAGUCGGCGGUAUCGAGCCCAGCGCGACGGGUCUCCAUACGACGCUGCGAACGGUAACGAUCGUCGAGAUAAUGUGGAUCCCUGUCUUGCUGAAAAGACCCAACAGCGUGCGGCGCGAGAGAGGGGUAGCGCGGGCGUUGUGGAGAACGGGCACACGCAUCUACCGGUUGCCUGCACUGUGAAUCACGCUAGACGUACACGUCCUGAGCACUGUUGCCUAGGCCGAGUGAGCGCAGUAGAAAGAUCGCAGGCUUACUCCACACAGGGAGGCCAGAGCGAAGCAGACGCCCGGACGCACGGAUCAGCGUGCAAGCCAGACCGCCAGUAUUAUCUCCAGAUGCAAGAAAAGGUCGAGGGGGGCACUGCCGGCGCUACCGCAGACGAAUUUUCGCUGAAGGCUGUCACCGAGUGCUCUACAACGGCAGCCGUCGCUGCUGCGCCGGCGGACACCGUGUCCCCGAAGAGAUCAGGGAGCGCCAUAGUAACUAGGGAAGCUGGGCAGCAGCUGGGAGGAAGGGGUGAAGGGCAAGACGACCCGCUGGUGGCACAAGACGGGCUCGUACCGCCGUUAGCGAAACAGGCCAACAAGGCGCAACAGCCGUUGACGCCUGAUACCAGGGACGCACUCACGCGGGAUGAAGCCGCGCCUCACAAGCCACCCUUUAAAAGGAGCUUUGAGCAGGCCCUCCAACCCCACAGACCACAGAAGCACCAGCAGACCCCUCCCCGAUCUCUGGAUGAUUCUGGAACGAUGGAGCAGGUCUAUCUGUUCUCCCAGCGGCCCCGAGCGGACUCGUCACUAUCGAAAAGGCGUGCCGAGGCCAGCCUCAGAGGCAGUAGCAGGUGGUCGUGCGGCAGACAAGGGCCGUCAGCCACCCCGUGGAGACGGCAUCCCGAGCCGCCUGCUCCUCCACAUACGCGGAACGCCGGCAGCCGCGAUAGACUGCGCAGUCCACCGAGACAAGGCAUGCAGUCCGAAACAUCCGGUAUCGAAAUGUCACUCGUCAAUCAGCAUGCAACUCUUCCAGAGCAGCCUCUGCGGGAUAGCACUCCUGAACAAGAGAGGAAGCCAGGCCCCCAGCACAUCGGGCGCUUCAAUGGGUUCUCGGCUCCGGUCUCGCGCGCGCCGCAUCCAGCGUUAGCUCGCCUGCUGGAGAGCCGUAAGGCCUCGCUGGCUUCGAAAGCGCGACGCGAGGAGAAUAAAGAGAAAGUCCAUACUCACUUACAAUCUGAAUCAGUGCAGAGCAUCUUGGUAGCUUGCGGAAGCGGGCUGCAGAUGGUAUUCGUCCUCUUCAGCGACCCCCGUGGCGUCGUGAUUCCUCAAAGAAUGUGGUUCAAAUUUGCAAGUUGUUUCAACCUUCUACCGCAAAAGGAGAUGACUCUUAUCUAUCGCAGAGUGGGACGGAACUACGUGCCGGCCCAACGUACCACGGAUAUGCUGCCCACCAGCGCACACAGGCAGGCGCGCAGGGGCGAUGGGCAGCUUCUCCAGUCGUCGGGACGUCCGUGUCUCCGUGUCUCCUGCGUGUACUUCUUAUGUAUCCACGCAGUUGCUGGGAGCCAGAUGACCCAGGAGCAAUUGGAGGAAGCUCUACUUCGUAUUGCAGCGUCGGUGUACAACCUAGAUCUACUGCAAUUCAACGCUUCCGGUUCUGCACUACGGAGCCCCGCUGCGCGGUGUGAGACGCAGAGAGAGACUAGCGCCGAUGUCGCUGACGCACUGGAGCGGGUGCUGCGUCACAUGAAGGUACACGAGCCUAGAGUCCUGCGCGACAGCCGCCUGCUCCGCCUGCGCGCGACGCUCAGCUUCCGCGAUUUCGAAAGCCCUCUCUUCCGCAAGCGUGUCUGCGUGCUCCAUAUCCUGUCGUUCUACCUCUUCACGUGCUAUGCGGGCUUUCUGAGUGUAGACAUAUACAUUGUGCACCGCAACAACAGCGUAUACGAUUCCUGGUUAAUGAGUACUUCCGGCAAAAGGCUCAGACACCGCUUCAUGCUGAAAACUAGCCGUACACUCUGCGUGCUCAACCGUGAAUGCGGAAAUACGACGUACCACCUCGGACUUCCUCCGUAUCUGGUCCAUUCUAUCGUCAAGUAUCAGCUUCUGCUUGCGUGCAACCCUGCACGCAACAAAGCACGGUUUCGGAUGCAGAACCUGAUGAACACGCAAGCAUCGGCAAAAUCUGCAGAUACUCACUGCGAAAGAAGUUCGCAGCAGUCCUACCUCGGAUACUGUUUUUUUCAUCAGAGUCGGCCAAAACUGUCCGGAUACAGCUCCCUGCGCACAAACAAGCACCAGUCCGCUGCGCCAGCUGAUCUGCAUUCAGAAAAAAACGAGAAACCGCCCGAUGGGACCAUACUACAACGCGCCGUCUCCUCCGCUAUCUCCUGUGACGCACACGCACACACUUUCUCAAGUAGACUGAGCACAUUCUCUAUCGACGUGAUACUGAGCAAAACAUCUCAAAGGGGCCCUUUCCGAAGACAAAACGUUCACAAGCCGGGUGAUGUCAGGGCGGCGUGA